AUCCGUAAAUUAUAAAGUAUAAUAAUUAAAUGUAGUAAAAUUCUGAACAGCUGUGAUGAGAUGAACAACCUCGGCCUACUCAUUUAUUAAUUUAUUUAUUCAAUGUAAAUCUCCGCCCACUUUAUUUCCUGCUCACUUAGACACGCUUGGGCAUGGAAGCUUGCUUUAUGUAACUGUAUUAUACAGCGUGUGUUUAAGGAUUCGGGGCGUGGUCUAAGGGGGCGUGGUCUGAGGUGUUUUCAGGCCGCAGCUGGACCGUGAUGUGAGACAGAAACCGUGUAUCUCCAUCUCUCUUUGUGUGUUUUUCUCUUCGGACUGAAGCCCGCUACACACACACACACACACACACACACACACACACAGUUCUAGUCGGGUUCUUUAGUGUGCAUGCAGCAGAAUGGAGCAGGCGAGACACCUAAUGGAGACGCAGGAAGGCUCUCCUUCAGCCCCGCCAGCUCAGUCAGCUCGGCUGCUCUCCUGCCCGCGGCCGCGGUAUCUUCAUCUUCAUCAUCAGCAUUACCAUCUUCUUCUUCAUCAUCAUCAUCCUCUUCACCAUCAUCACGGCUGAGGAGGAUCACUCAGGAGGUCCGCGGAGUUCCUCCUCAGCCCACAGUCAUGGUCGUGUUCUCGGCUGCGAGGGACAGCGAACCAGCUGUAGAUUCCGCCAUGUCCAAGUCCGAGGAAGAGAAACGCAAAGCAGCCAUUUCUACUCCGAACAGAAACUUACCGAAAUCCCUGCGCACCUUGAACGCACCCCAGGAGUUUCCCGAGGUGAUUCCUCUGAACGUAGGAGGGAUGUACUUCACCACACGCCUGUCUACGCUGCGCCGGUACGAGGACACCAUGCUGGCUGCUAUGUUCAGCGGACGCCAUCACAUUCCCCAAGACGCUGAAGGGCGAUACUUCAUCGACCGAGACGGAGCUUAUUUUGGUGACAUUCUGAACUUCCUGCGUGAGGGUGAGCUUCCUCAGAGGGACCGGGUUCGAGCCGUACACAGAGAGGCUCAGUAUUACUCCAUCGGGCCGUUGUUGGAGAGGCUGGAGGACAGACAGCCUCUGACCGGGGAGAAUGUCCGACAGGCGUUCCUCGACCUCCUGCCUUAUUAUAAAGAGAAUCUGGAACGCAUCGUGGAGAUCGCGAAGCUGCGAGCGAUGCAGAGGAAGGCUCGCUUCGCCAAGCUGAAGAUCUGCGUGUAUAAGGAGGAGAUGCCGAUCACGCCGUACGAGCGUCCGCUUUUCAACUCGCUGCGGUUCGAGCGCUCUGAGAGUGAGGCCAAGCUUUUCGAGCACCACUGCGAAGUGGACGUGUCGUUCGGGCCGUGGGAGGCUGUGGCCGACGUGUACGACCUGCUGCACUGCAUCGUGAGCGACCUGGCCGAGCGCGGCAUCACCGUCGACCAGCAGUGCAUCGGAGUGUGCGACAAACACCUCAUCAACCACUACUACUGCAAGAGGCCCAUCUACGAGUUCAAGAUCACCUGGUGGUGAAGGAACGGCUUCUGCUUCUGGACAGAGCGUUUACGACGGGGGUCCGGUUUUCCGUUCCUUUAGGAGAUUGGGAGCGGGUCGGGUCCGUAACACUAAACCUAAAAUAUUUACACAUUUAAGAUCGCGCAGUGGUGCAGGACGGGUACUGAAUCAGGUCUGAGUUCUUUUAGGAGCCUUCGGUUACUGUAGCAGGUCCGGGUUCCUCUGAGAGCUUGCAUGAGGGCAGCAGACCUAACGCUAACGCUAACACUUACGAUAAUCGCUAAUCCAUCUGCGCUAAAGAUCACUUAGUGAACUACGUUUAUAGUUUUUAGAGUGAGCCCUGCUGCUUUGGGGAACUUGUGAGAAGGUUACAGUUCUGACUUUCAAGAACUGAAGAUCUUCUGCAAAAACUUUCAGGCAGUCCAUCUAUGAGCUUAAAAUCACUCAAUGCUAAAUGUUUAUUACUUAUUGGAACAGGCCCGGAUCCUCUGAGAACUUUAAGAUCGCUUAACGAUGAAGGGGAUUUGAGGUUCUUGUAGGAGAACAUUCCAGAUCAGGAACAUUUUAGAUCGUAUCAUCACCCACUUCCACUAGUACACCACUAAGUCCCCUUGGUGGUGAAGGGCUGGUUAUAGUUAUUGGAACAGACCCGGGGCUUUAAGGACCUCACAGGAAGGUUAGAGGUUCAGCUCACUUGUUGUUGUUCUGGUUCUGGUCGGGAUCUUCAUCCUGAAUGUCUGCUGCUUCUGUGGGAGAUGAUUGUUGAAGUGUUGUGUUUAGUGUGUAAGAGCCCGUGUGUGUCCCGAGUGAGUGUGGUUGUGUCUCGCUGCAGUGUGUGGAACAAUGUUUUGGUGUUUGUGUGAUGGAAUUCUCCACAAGUUUACAAGAUUCAUGCUGCGUUCGUUGUGCUUUCAUCUCAAGCUGUUGUCCAGAUAUUUGGGUGAAUGCAAGACCCCAUGCAGGACUGUUUCUUUAUCUCACUGUACAUGUUGUGAAGAAUUCAGUCCAAAAAUAACCACAACUUCAGAUAAGCUCCAGCGGUUUAUUAAUAAUAGCUCCGUAUGCAACGGACCACCCUUUCUUCAGGUGCGCAAGUUGUAAGGUGUUUCCGCGCUGUCUGCCUGACAGUUGUUCAGUAAUAAACUGUAAGCUGUAGUGUGUGUGUGUGUGUGUGUGUGUGUGUGUGUGUGUGUGUAUGUUAAGCAACGCUGCACUGAACUGACUGUUAGUCUCCUUAUUGUCAGUGAGACAGUUUCCUCUUCCCUUUGUAGCGCUCAGCUCUGAUAUUUCAGGCUAAAAGAUCAGCUCAGCUGUAGCCGGACGACCUCGACGUAACUAAUCCAUGUGUAUUUUUUUGUGUAUAAUUUUUUUUUUCCUAUGUGAGGGCUGUGAGGGCCGUGAAGCUGCAUGAGCUCUCAGGAUAAGCGGCGGCUUUUAUUGUCUGUUUAACUCGAUGCAGAUUCCUCUGUAACUCUGCUGCACUCCGGUGUAAAUGAACCAAACCUCAUGUUUGUACUGCUUCAUUGUGCUGAUAAUAAACUCUGUAUAUUUUGCCA